AUGGCCCUGGAAGCCACAUCAACAUCCGUCUCCGGUGGUUGGUUCGGCGUCGGCUGGCCAACGACAGGCGGGAUGUAUCCCGCGGAUGCCGUUAUUGCUAACAGCGCAAUCUACGAGCCUAUUGACGCCUACACUCUAGCGGGCGACACGCCGACCGCCAUCAUCCCGUUUGCUUCCGUCCCGCUGGGUUCUCCUACCUACACUGGCGGUGUUGCCACAUUCUCCCGCGAGGUGGGCACGGGCAACAAGAUCAAGUUCGUGAACGGACCCAUGAAGACCAUCUGGGCCUACUCCGACGGACCUUCAGGCUUGUUUGACAACGGCCAUGCUGCCCACCGAGGCACCGUCACAAUCGACUAUUCCUGUGACGCCACCGCUGUCUCCAACCCCUCGCCGCCACCCCCUUCCAGCGCCAAAUCCCCGCCCCCUCCAAGCACCAAGCGCUCCCCUCCACCACCUGCGGGUCGAGCCUCCCCGCCUCCCCCACCAUCUACUAAACCCAAGCCGUCCCCUCCUCCCCCCUCGUCGGUUCCACCUGGAGGUGCGGCAUGCGCGUCGUCGUCGCUAGCCGGGUACUCAUAUCAAGUGGAGCUGAAUGGACCGCUGUAA